GUCAUUGCUGAAUACGAAAGGGCUGUGCUUUUUAGACUUGGAAGGAUUUUACCCGGUGGUGCCCGUGGACCAGGCCUAUUCUUUACAAUUCCUUGUCUUGACAUGAUUCGCAAGGUCGACCUACGAACUGUCACUUUUGAUGUACCCCCCCAAGAGGUUUUAACCAAGGAUUCAGUGACUGUUGCUGUGGACGCUGUUGUUUAUUAUCGUAUAUACAAUCCCGUUGUUGCUAUUACUAAUGUCGAAGAUGCCGAUCGAUCUACGCGUUUACUUGCUGCAACCACGCUGCGGAAUGUACUGGGUACGAAGAAUUUGUCGGAAAUACUUUCGGAGAGAGAAUCGAUCUCUAGUAUGAUGCAGGCUAUGUUGGACGAGGCCACCGAUCCAUGGGGCGUGAAAGUCGAAAGAGUGGAGGUGUAA